UCCGUAUCUAACGUUGGAUCUAAGACGCACGCGAGCUAGAUCCCGAUACGUCCACCGCUGUCACAGCCUACAGGAACGAUCUAGUCUUCCUGUAGGAACACGGGUCGUGGGCUGUGUGUUUCUUCUGUGAGACGAAUCAGGCAUGAUGCGAAUUGCAUUUGCCAUUUGGCAGCUAUGCAAUGCUGCGCCUGCAGCCACUGCCGUUUUCCGAGCGCGUUGCCGUUGUACUCGGCACGCCAAGGGCCCAACCCAUGUAUGCGAUGUUGCAGUCUUCUACGCACGCGUGAACGCCCAGACCCCUGAUCCCGAUAUAGAGAAUCCCCCUGAUCUCGAUUUCGAAAACGUGCUUUGUAAGACAAGCUGGAGAAAAGGGGCGCAGAGCCCAAAACAGAUGGCAUUGCUGCCUUCUCCACCAUGCCGCGAUGGAGAACUCGAUCUCUCUUGGCUUCUGUCCAAGCACAAGGUAGGGCAGCUAGGAUUGAGUGGGACCAGGGUGGAUGGUGGGCUCGCCGCAGUGCUAACUCGAAGGAAUGAUGGCUUGAGACACUGGAAUGCCGUCUUGCUAUGCCAAGGAACCGUAGAGCGAGGGGUCGUGGUUGACAGUUCUAGGUAGUCCUCUAUCUAGUUGCUCUAAAUUCUGUGACAGAGAUCUAAAACGCCAACACAGAGCGCCAAGUGGAAUCAUCGAUUAAGCCUAGCUUGGGCAUGUGUGAAGCUCAUAGCCAUGGAGGCUGUGAACGCGGAAAUUGACUACGUACGAGACGAAGAGUCGUUGAUAGAUCAGGAUUCAGGACAGGCCUAUGCGAUG